CGCAACCCCCCUGGCCCCCCCGAAUGCGCGCACUGUUUUUUCGGUUGCUAGCUAAUCUUUGUGUGAGGCUAGUUCGCGGCAUUAUUGUGAAGUCUAUGAGCUAAGUGAUGUGCAUGUGCAAUAUGAAGAAUGGAAGAAGACGAUGUCACGAUCAGAGAGCAGAAUUUCCACAGCCAAGUCCGAGAGUACAUUAUCUGCUUCCUGUUGUUUGCUGUGCUGUACAUCGUGUCUUACUGCAUCAUAAUGCGCUACAAGAGGAAGAGUGAUGACCAUGAAGAUGAAGAUGCAGUCGUUAACAGAAUAUCGAUGUACCUGUGUACGUUCACCCUGGCCAUAUCCGGCGGCGCCGUCCUCCUCCUCCCAUUCUCUAUAAUCAGUAACGAGAUCCUUCUGUCGUUCCCCAAGAACUACUACAUCCAGUGGCUCAAUGGCUCGCUCAUCCACGGUCUGUGGAACCUCGUCUCGCUAUUCUCCAACCUGUGCCUCUUCGUCCUCAUGCCUUUCGCCUAUUUCUUCCUAGAGUCCGAGGGAUUUGCCGGCUCUAAAAAGGGCCUGAAAGCUCGUAUCCUGGAGACGUUUGUGAUGCUGUUUCUGCUCGCUCUACUCAUCCUGGGCAUCGUGUGGGUCGCGUCCGCGCUCGUCGACAACGAUGCUGCCAGCAUGGAGUCUCUCUACGACCUGUGGGAGUUCUACCUGCCCUACUUGUACUCAUGUAUCUCUUUGAUGGGCGGCUUGCUGCUUCUGAUGUGUACUCCAGUGGGUUUGUCCCGAAUGUUCACCGUCAUGGGCCAGUUGCUAGUCAAACCCACGAUUUUGGAGGAUUUAGACGAGCAGUUGUACUGCAUUCAGCUUCAGGAGGAAGCUUUACAGCACAAACUCAAUGGUUCCGUGUCCCUUUUACUCGCCACCUCCCAGAAUCUCCACAAAGAACUGGAGAGUGUACGCUCGCAGAGACACAAGCUGGAGAGGAGGAAGAAAGCGUCAGUUUGGGAGAAGAACCUUCUGUACCCCAUCGUCAUGUUAAUACUGCUCGCUGGCACGGCACUCUCUGUGUGUUUCGUGGCUCUGAACAUUUUGUACUUGCUGUUGGAUGAAACUGCGCUACCGAAGGGAUCAGCGGACCCUGGGAUUGGGAACGCGUCUCUCUCGACGUUUGGUGUCGUGCAGGCUGUGGUUGAAAUCGUCCUCAUGAUUUACCUGAUGGUCUCCUCUGUUGUGGGAUUCUACAGCCUUCGCAUCUUUCAGGGACUCACACCCAGGAAGGAUGACACCACCAUGACCACAAUCAUCGGUUGCUGUGUGUCCAUCCUGGUCUUGAGCUCUGCGCUCCCCGUCAUGUCCCGAACUCUUGGAAUAACAAGGUUCGACUUGCUCGGGGAUUUCGGACGCUUUAACUGGUUGGGAAAUUUCUACAUCGUGUUGUCAUAUAACCUGCUGUUCGCCGUGGUGACCACGCUGUGUUUAAUCACCAAGUUCACCUCUGCUGUCCGAGAGGAGCUUCUCAAAGCACUCGGUCUGGAUAAACUGAAUCUGUCCACCAGUCCCACAGAACCUGAGCCAAAUAAACUAGCAGCUAACGGCCAUCAGAAGACACUCUGAACUCCUAAAAAACACACACGUCCAGUAAAAUAGGGUACGGCUGGAGAUUUUAAGACGCCUUAUUCACACACUGUCCAAUCAGACGGGUGUGUCCCCUGCAGCAGGACGUUUAGUUAAGGUCCUACCUUCACUUUUCCUUUCGUCGUUUCUGUUUUCACACACACCGUUAGAAGUUUGCGCGUUUUGAUGCAGUUUUAAAUUCUACGACCUCUCUCCUCAUGCUGUGAAUAAGCAGACUUGGGUAAAAGUGAACGCAUAGUCAUGUAAAUGUUGUAUUUAUGUCUGUAUAUAUUCUUUUUUUUUUUUUUUUUGGUCAUUGUAUAAUCUUUUGUACAGUGUGUUUUUUUUUGUGUUUGUUGGGUUCAUGUCCAGAAAUUCACCUCUGAUGCCUUACGAAACAGGGGAGGAUUUUACAGGUGCGUUGAGUCGUUACACAAGGCGAGUGUGUGUGUUAGGCAUGUGCCGAUGUGGUGCCCCUGCUGACCCUGUCGACUCUCACGUCAUAGAUAUCGGGCUAUUGGCUGAAGUUGUGUGUGAUUCCAGAUUCCAAAUUUAACAUAUUGGUUCUCUAUUUACUAAAUUUAAUCAAUGUUUUACUAUUUGAUUCGUUAGAACAAAUGUUGAUUGGUUCUGGGGAAUCAAAUAGCAGUGUCACGAUUUUCCUAUUUAUUUGAUUCACCAUGCAGAACCAUGCGAUUUGUUCUAGUGAGUCAAAUAGUAAAAAUCAUUCACCAAAACCAAUCAAUGUGCUGGUAUUUACGACAAACCAAACUGAAUCAAUACUUUUACUGUUUGACUCAUAAGAACAAGUGUUGAUUGGUUCUGGUGAAUCGAUUCUGGUGGUUCAACAGAAACAAAUGAACACAUCACUACUUGAGUUACUGAACUGAAUGAAUGCUAUAUGAUUCAUCUGAUUCACCAGAAACAAAGUGACACAUUGAUGCUCGAUUUACCAAAUUUUAAUCAUCUCUUUACUAUUCGAUUCAUUACAGUAAAUUAUUCAUUUUUGUGACUGUGUUAAUUGGUUCUAGUGAAGCAAAUACCUGUGUCAUAGUUUACUACUUGAUUCAUUAGAACACUUUGUCAAAUUGAGUACCAACGUAUCGAUUGAUUGCAGUGAAUCAAAAACCAGUAUCAUGAUGUUCUGAUUGAUUCAGCUUGGUAAAUCCACUAAGGUACUAGUGAGUUUACUGGUGCUGGUGAAUCAAAUACUAGUCGGAUGAUUCGCUCAAAUGAAUCGGCUAGUACAGCGUGUAUUUCUGAGAGUGUGGCUCCAGCAUAUCGUGGAUCUGAUCGUUGGUACAUGCCUAGUGAGCGUUAACGUUAGACGGCUGCGUCUGCAAGCACCUUUUUAUAGACAAAUUCACUGUGACCCCUCAUGUGACCGUCAAAGAAACAACCAGUUUACAAUGCCAGUGAUGACAUGAAACAUGAGUGUGUUUUAAACGUUGUUCAAAUGAGAUUUGGGCUUUUUAAACAGAUCUCACAUGAGGGACACUGAAUUUACAACCUGUGAAAAGGUCAUUUAUUAUAUAUUAAUAAAUAAAUAAGCUAACUCAUCACAUUUUACGCUUGAAUGUAAUGCGUGUCUGAAGGACGAUUGUUGUUUUUGAAGUAAAGCGUAUGUACAAAGUAUGCACAUUUUUUUUGUACAAAGUCAUUGUAUAAUAUGCAAAUCAUCAAAUGUCUUUUUUAUAUAUAUAUAUAUAUAUAUAUAUAU